AUGGUUUUGUAUACAUCCGCUUUUCCAAACUCCUUCCUACAAACUCUCCAUUCCCUAGCCUGGACAUUUAUAUUUCCCUGCUAUUGGUUGACCGAUCGACUGUUGGUUUCCUUUCUGCCUACGACCUAUGAGAAGCAUCAAAGGGGAGAUGAUCCAUGUUACCUGCGGGUGCUCUGUCUUGCAAUUAUCAUUCCCAUUUGCCUGGCAUUACUGAUUGCUUCUUUGCCAUUUGCAUUGAUAGGCUUUGUGGUCUGGGCCCCUCUCCAAUCUGCUCGUAGACCGUACAUUUACUCAAGAUUUGAGGAGAAUUGUGAUGCCAGCACAGCAACAGGGUCUGGCUAUUGGAAAGCAGCAGGUGGGAGAAGCUUCUGCUUUGCCACGGCCAACGUUUGUCUAUUGCCCGAUUCCUUGGCCCGCUUCACCAACCUCUCCAAUACCCAAAUUAGAUCCUCGGAGGUUGGCAAAAGAAUACGAAAUGGCGCCAGCCGACCUCAAAUUAAAAUUUACAUUGACUCCCCAACCAACACAUCCAUAAGUGCAGCAAGUUGGAGCAGCCUGGCAUGCCCUCAUGGCGGAGAUAAUGCCAAUCGUGCAAAUAGUGUGGGCAUCAAACGAACUUCCUCUAUGGACUACAAAGGAGACAACUUCAUUGGCAACUACAGUGAUGAGGGCAAGGAUUGCAAGUUUGGAGAGGAACAAAGUGAUGGAGACAGCAAUUCCUGCAUUGUUCGCGUUGCUGGCGAUGAGGCAGUCCACUUUCCUGACAAGGAGGUGGAUAUUUCUGGAGUGCAGGUCACCAUAACUGAACCUUCAGAACAGCUAGGAGAAGCUGAGACUGAAGAUGAGAAAUUCCAAAACUCCAACCAUAAGCAUAGAGAAGGAGAUGGUGUCAGUUUAGAUAGCAACACCACUUCCAGAGAAUCUCUGAUCAAGUUUAAGAUCGCUGAUGGUGCAAUGGACAGCAGUGGUGCUACCAAUAACAAAUUUGUCUACAAAGCCUCAGUCAUGAAGAAAGCGUCACUGAAGAAAAGGAGGCACCUGGGCGACACAUUUGACCAUGAGCUUUCAGCUUUCUUCCCUGCUAAUCUGGACUUCCUCUGCCUACAGGAGGUGUUCGACAAGCGAGCAGCAGAGAAGUUGAAAGCACAAUUAAACCCCUACUUUCAAUACAUACUGUAUGAUGUGGGGAGGUAUGCUUGGCACAGCUGCUGCAGCUUCAAGUUUUUGAACAGCGGGCUAUUUUUUGCAAGCCGUUACCCAAUUUUAGAUGUUGAAUUUAAAUGUUAUCCUAAUGGGAAAGGAGAUGAUUCGCUGGCAGACAAGGGUGCCCUGUUUGUGAAGGUACAAGUUGGAACUACGCCUCAGGACCAAAGGAUUGUGGGUUACGUUUCCUGCACUCAUUUGCAAGCUCUGGCAGGAGAUGCUGCCAUUCGCUGUGAACAGAUGGACCACCUGCUGGACUGGCUGGCUGAGUUCCAAAAAUCUACCUCUUCAUCAAGUCCCACCAAUCCAGAAGAUCUGCUGGCGUUUGAUGUCUUGCUAGGAGAUCUUAACUUUGACAACUGCUCCUCAGAGGACAAAUUAGAACAGCAACAUUCAUUAUUCACCCAUUACAAGGAUCCCUGCCGUCUAGGCCCUGGAGAAGAACAGCCCUGGGUCAUCGGUACCUUAAUGGAUCCAGAGGGACUAUAUGAUGAAGAUACUAUCACACCAGAUAAUCUGCAGAAGGUGCUGGAGAGCGAAGAAGGGCGCAGGGAGUACCUGGUCUUCGCCAACAGCAGGAAUCAACCAUCUUGUCAGAAAGGAAGAAAAGUACCACAGAAGAACUGUGGAAGGAGGAUCGACUAUGCGUUGUACUCUGAGGAAGGCCUCAACCCUGACUGGAAAGUGGAAGUGGAGGAGUUCAGCUUUGUCACGCAGCUGGCUGGCCUGACUGAUCAUCUAGCCGUGGCCAUGCGUCUCUCAGUAUCAACUGGAGAAGAGGACCCUUGACUUCAGGAGGCAGCAAAAACCAUUCAGGAAAAUGUUAUCCAUUUGGGAACAAGGGUCGUUUGCAUUUCAGGUGCACAGAUAUGGAUGACACCUGAUCAAACCUAGCCCAAGGCCUCCCACUCGAUUUGUUUAUAGAAAUUAUUUUAGAAGAAGGUAUCGUGGGCAAUGAUCAAAGAUGGUUAUUUCCAUGUUCUACUCCAGGAGGUUGAGGCCUUGCUAUGGACUCCCAGAAUAGUGGAGUAUGAAAAAUGACUUAGAUAUUCCUCACUGCCUUGGACUAGUGCCAUUCUUGAGGUGUUCUUUUUUCUAAAUGCCUAGCACAACUUAGUUUGUGACCAGUCUGUAAAUGUGUUGAUGUUCCUUUUUUUGCAUAAUCCUUUGUAUAACUUUCAACCAAGCUGUCACUUUUUUGCCUUUCAAUAAGCAUGGCUACAUGGCAAUGACACAGUCAGUGUUAGUUUGUGCCGCCUUCCUAACAGCUUUAGUGCAUGUCCCCUCUCUGACAGUAUGUGUGUGUGUGUAUUUAUCUACAUAUAUCUUAAAGCCAAGAAUCAGCAGGCAGAUGCAAUUAGCUGCAGACACCUGUCUAGACCCUUCUGUCAAUUGUUACUCUAAUCACAGUCACUCAAAACCCACCCGUGCUGGUAUUUCAGGUGU